CUCUCUCGGUCUUUUUGUCUCUGGUGCAGAUUAAACGUCACGUCCGUACUUGAACUUGAAUUUUAUCCCAUUGUACAGAGGCAGACCUAGCCACAGAGAGACAGAGAGCUCCCAGAGAACCAGGACUCCGCCAUCUUCACAUUACAAUUAAAUAGUAAUAGCCAGCAGCACAACACUGGCUCUGCAAGUCCUCCCAGUGCCAGGCAAGUGGAGCAGUGCAAAGUGCUGGGCACUACAUUCCAGGGCAGUGUCUAACUGCAAGGAGACACUCUCUCACAGCCCCCCUCAACCAGCAGGGUCAAGCAGCCUCUCUUUUUUUUGGCAUUAUUUGGGCAAUCGUUUUUCUUUUUAAAUUAUUAUUUCUUUUUGUUUGCUCUUCAUUUGGCUCAUUGAUGGAAGAAGUGCCAUUGCCGAGCACUGUGGACAUAGGACGGAGUGGACACGAGAUCAGCCAAUUCUCAAGUUGAAGAGAUUGGAAAGCCAAGGAACUAGUGCCCUCCUCAUUCGAUUCCUUGCUCAAGGGAGGACGCUAAUAGUAUUUCCGAAUAUUUGUCUUGCAUAAAAGAAGGAGACAAGAAGAAGAAAAGAUAAAACUAAUAAAGAGAGGAGGAGAGAAAAGAAGAAGAAGAAGAAGAAGAAGAAGAAGGAAACGUGGGGGAGGAAGGAGAGCAGGUCGCCCUUACGCAGAGCCGAUCACCGGGCGAUGCCAGUUUAAAUGCCAGGGCAAUGUCCCGUCGCAAGCAGGGAAACCCGCAGCACUUGUUACAAAGGGAGAUUCUCGCACCAGAAGACCACCACCACAUUGAAACAGUGAUCACAGAUGAGGAAGAGGCUAUCGCCAUCCCUGAGCCAGGAGCCAUUGGCCUCAACAGCAGUGGUACUGACCCAGACUUGUUAACAUGUGGACAGUGUCAGAUGAACUUUCCCCUGGGAGACAUCUUGGUUUUUAUAGAGCACAAGAAAAAACAGUGCAGUGGCCCAAGUGGGGUCUGCUAUGAGAAGAGGAUGGAUAAAAGUAGCCCUCCUCCUUCAACUCGAUCAGAGCUCAGGAAAGUGGCCGAGCCUGUGGAAAUCGGCAUCCAAGUCACACCAGAUGAGGAAGACCGUCUUCUAACGCCUACAAAAGGAAUUUGCCCUAAGCAGGAGAACAUUGCAGGUAAAGAUGAGCCUUCAAGCUAUAUUUGCACAACAUGCAAGCAGCCUUUUAACAGUGCAUGGUUCCUGCUUCAGCAUGCUCAAAAUACACAUGGAUUUCGUAUCUACCUGGAAACAAGCCCAUCUAGUAACUCUCUUACUCCACGUAUCACUAUCCCUCCACCUCUGGGACCGGAGACUGUUGCACCUUCCCCUCUGAUGAACUUCCUUGGAGAUGGCAAUCCCUUCAACCUUUUAAGAAUGACAGGGCCUAUUCUACGUGAUCACCCAGGCUUUGGUGAGGCUCGGCUCCCAAACACACCACCACUUUUCAGCCCACCCCCACGCCACCAUCUGGACCCGCAUCGCCUUAGUGCCGAAGAAAUGGGGUUAGUUGCCCAGCAUCCUAGUGCCUUUGACAGAGUUAUGCGUUUAAACCCCAUGACAAUUGAAUCUCCAGCAAUGGAUUUUUCCCGAAGGCUAAGAGAACUAGCAGGGAACAACUCCACUCCUCCUCCAGUGUCACCGAACCGCGGCAAUCCUAUGCAUCGUCUGUUAAACCCUUUUCAGCCAAGUCCUAAGUCACCUUUUAUUAGUACACCACCAUUGCCACCCAUGCCCCCUAGCAGUACUACUCCACCACAAACCCAGUUAAAGAGCAAAUCCUGUGAAUUCUGUGGAAAAACUUUCAAGUUCCAGAGUAAUUUAAUUGUCCACCGUCGCAGUCACACAGGAGAAAAACCUUAUAAGUGUCAGCUGUGUGAUCAUGCAUGUUCCCAAGCAAGCAAGUUAAAACGUCACAUGAAAACACAUAUGCACAAAGCUGGGUCAAUGACUGGAAGGUCUGAUGAUGGACUGUCUGCUACUAGCUCACCAGAGCCAGGCACAAGCGAGCUAACUGGAGAGGGUAUGAAAUCCAGUGAGACAGAUUUUAGGAAUGAAAGUGACCCAUCUUUAGGACAUGAAAAUGAAGAAGAAGAGGAAGAAGAAGAAGAGGAGGAGGAGGAGGAAAUAGAGAAUGAAAGUAGGCCAGAGUCAAGCUUCAGUAUGGACUCUGAAAUGAGCCGCAAUCGUGAAAAUGGAGCAAAGCUAAUCCACGACGAGAAGUCCCUUGUUCUUGGAAAAGUUAUGGAUAAUGUAAAUUUAGGAGGCAUCCAGGCAUAUAAUGAUAUGCUACAUGAAAAACAAAAGAGAAGUCAUUUCAUGAAACGAUCUUCUGAUCCACGAGAUUUAUGUCAGAGAAUACCAGGGCAUGAAGAUAGAGUGGAGAGAGAAAUUAUCACUAAUGAUGAAGGGGCCGUCAAUGGAACUUUUGGCCCAGGUGAACCAUUUCCAGGCUUGCUCCCAAGAAAGCCAAUGCCCAUUUCUAGUUCUGGACUAAACAACUCAUCAAAAAGGAUAAAAAUUGAGAAAGAUCUAGAUUUACCCCCAACACCAAUAAUCCCUUCAGAAAACGUUUACUCCCAGUGGCUGGUAGGAUAUGCAGCAUCAAGGCACUUCAUGAAGGAUCCAUUUCUGGGAUUCACAGACUCUCGACAAUCUCCUUUUGCAACUUCUUCUGAACACUCUUCAGAAAAUGGAAGUCUGCGGUUCUCUACACCACCAGGUGACAUGCUGGAUGGAGGUCUCUCAGGGCGAAGUGGGACAGCGAGUGGCGGCAGCACACCUCAUAUCGGUGGACCGGGGCCUGGCCGACCAAGUUCAAAAGAAGGAAGAAGAAGUGACACAUGCGAAUACUGUGGCAAAAUAUUUAAGAACUGCAGCAACCUCACGGUCCACCGCAGAAGCCACACAGGGGAACGGCCUUACAAAUGCGAGCUCUGCAACUAUGCAUGUGCCCAGAGCAGCAAGCUGACACGCCACAUGAAAACGCAUGGCCAGCUAGGUAAGGAGGUCUACCGCUGUGACAUUUGCCAGAUGCCCUUCAGUGUUUACAGCACCCUGGAGAAACACAUGAAAAAAUGGCAUGGAGAACACUUGCUGACAAAUGACGUCAAAAUUGAGCAGGCAGAAAGAAGCUAAGGCCCCCUAUAUGGGUUUAAUCAGGGGUCUAAGUAUCCAUUAAAUUUGUACAGAUUUAACUAUUGCCAACUGAGAAAAGCUGACCUAACUUGCCUCCUUAAAAUAGCAUAAAUAUGUUAAGCGUCACAAAUGUGGCACUUAAAAUAUAACCUGUGUCUAAAUUUCUAUUAAACCUGAGGGUUGUAUAAGGCAGUAAUUGUGGAGCCUUUUAACUGUGCAAUAAUUUCUGUAUUUAUUGGGGUUUUAUUUGUAAUUUUGGCAUGUGCAGGCAAUUUCUCCCCUUGCUGUUUAAAUUUCUUCUUUUACCCUUGUUCUAAUGUGCUAAAAUCUCCUUUUGGACUUCAGGGGCUACCAACCUGUUCAAUUACAGUGCUGCCAUACCCCUCUAGAACAAAAUGGGCUUAUUACCUAUUCCUUAACCCAGUAGUAGCCUGAGAUCAUUAUCCUUGUAGGGAAGAGACAUAUCUUAAAUUAUCAUUUUGUGGGCUGCUACAAUUUCUGGAAUUUAAGCUAAACGUUUGUAAUUUCUUGCAAAGAAGCCAUUAGCUGUUUAUUUUAAAUUGUUUAAAAUGUCAUUUUACCUAAAAUAGAUCACAACAAAUUCACAGCAGAUUACAAUCUUGAAAUUAUUAGCACUUAAUUGUAUGGCAUGAUAGGAUCUUGUAUACAGCAAAUAAAAUGUAACUUGCAAUGCCACAAUUUUGCCAUUUUAAGGAUUAAAAAGCCACAACCUAUAAUAAGAAAGUAUACAUUUGGAAUAUGCAACACUUAACAAUGACACAAUGUCUUUGUAUUUCCAAAGUAUUUCAUAUAUUACAUUUCAUAGCAGAAUUAGUGCUGCACAGGUAGUAUAAAAAUGAUGCAUUUAGUAGAGAAAAACAUACAGCCCACAGAUGUAAACUAAACCCUUUUUACUGCCAGGGUUACCUGAAUAUCAUUGUAGAACAAUGGAUUCCUGGUUACACUUGCAGAGAAAAGCAUUAAUUACUGUGGACCUUUUUUUAACAUAGAAUGCACCUACAAUUGUUUGCAGUUGAUUCAGCAUUAAAAGCAUGAAGGGUCAUCGCCACAAUUAAGUCCAUAAAUGGUGGUAUUGUAAUAGGUUACUGAGUUCAGGGUACUUGGGAUAAUGAUUGAAACUGUUAUUUAUUCUAAAUAAUGCAAGUUAAAAUAAUGACACCUGCUUUUAAGAUCCUUUUUCCAUUUUUUCUUUUCUUUUUCUUUGUGUGCACCAGGAGGACAGCAGAGAACAAAAGGUUACCCAUUUUAAUUAUGUUGACCGCACUUUAUAACUUGCUUUUUUUUUCUUUUCAUUUAAAUGGCUUCUGAACAAGAAAUUACAGCAUAUUCUCCUACUCAACCCAUUGGUGGGUGACCUCUAUAAGGGAACAUCUGAGAUUAAGUGUCAGUGUUGCUAAGCAUGGCAUUCACAAUGCUGGCACUAUAAAAAGAUAUAUAUAUAUAAAUAUAUAUAUAAUUUAUUGGACGGUUUGUCUACUGCCAUUCAAUUUGUUGUGAGUGCCUUGAAAACUGAUCUUCCUAUCUGAGUCUCUCGAGACAAAAUGCAAAACAUUUUUGUGAAACAUAAAAAAAAGACUUUCUAAAAAUAGUAAUACAAGAAAAGUACAUUUCUUUAAAAAAACAAAAAACAAAAAAACAAAAAGCCACAUUUACUUAUAAAACUCCUGUUUGAAGAUAGUGGACACAUUAUUGCCAUAAGACCCAAUCUAAUGAAGAUGUUUACCCAGCACAAUUUUGAACGUUCUCUGGCUGAUUUAUUGUCAGCUUUUUUUUUUUCAGGACAACGCUGCUUAGAAAACGGAAUGAAAAUUAUUUACUGCUGAAUUGAAAAAUGAAAUGACACAACUUACCAGUUAUCGUUGAAUGGGGGAAAAAACAAUUCAGGAACAACGGCUAAUUUUUUUUAUCGUUAAAUUUAGUGCACUCUGUCUUAAAAUACGUUUACAGUAUUCAAUACGUACAAGGGUAAAAAAAAAUAUAAUUGUGUGUAUGUGUGUUUGGACGAUCUUUUCUUUUCAAAGUUUGCUUAAUAGGUUAUAAAAUGCCAUAAUGGCCAUGUGUAUAUUGUUUUUCUUUUGGUGACGGGGGUUUUAGUAUAUAUUAUAUAUAUUAAAAUUUCUUGAUUACUGUAAAAGUGGACCAGUAUUUGUAAUAAUUGAGAAUGCCUGGGCAUUUUACAAAAUCAGAAAAAAAAAUCCUUGAAAAUGUUGCAGUAAAAUUUAAAUGGUGGGUCUAUAAAUUUGUUCUUGUCACUGUAAUUGUAAAGUCUAAGUUUUAGUAUUUUUUUUCUGCUUUGGGUGUUGAAUUUUUUUUUGGACAUGUAUAGAAACUUGUAUUUGGGGAUUAAAAAAGGUGAUUGCUACACCAUGUAGAAAAAGUAAGUAGAAAAAAGUGCUUAAUAUUGUUAUUGCUUUGCAGAAAAAAAAACACAUUUCUGACCUGUGCUUAUUUUUCUCUCCUCUUCCCCUCUGGAAUGGAUAUUGAUAUUGAUUGGUUCACAUAAUGUAGGCACUUGCUGUAUUUUUACUGGAGCUUGUAAUUUUUUAACUGUACGCUUGUCCUUUUAAAAGGAUUAAUUGUACCUUUUUGUUAGUGAAUUUGAAAAAAAGGAAAUGUGCUGCCAUAAUAUAUUUUUUUAAUUUGGCAGGAUAAAAUAUUGCAAAAAAAAAAGAAAAAAAGAAAAACAGAAAAUAAAUCAUUUGUAAUUAAGUCCUACUGUACAGAAAAAAGGCGGUUGUUUAACAACAUCCAGGUUAAUGAAACAAAACAGCUUUCUUAAAUGUUUUGUUCACUGGUAAUUUAAGUUGUACAUUUUCUGUCAUUAUUGGCCUAUAAAAAAAAGUACUGUUCGUACAGGGAUGUAACACCCCCCUUGGUGCCUGGACCUUGUAUCAAGGCCUUAGCAGGUAUGGACUGAUUGGUACUAGCUACCCUUGUAAAAUAAAAUCAGUUUUUGUAUAAAUACUAUGAGAACAUUCCAUGUAUGCUCGUGAAUAUUCCAGGAACCUCUUAUAGAGUGAGAAAUUCUCCACAGUCCCACCGGUAUCUGUUGAACCUACUGUACACAACAAAAAGUGAUUUUUCUGUCGAAACAGAUGCAAUUGUGUUAAUGAAUUCAGUGGUCCAGGCCCGGUCAUCCCAUCCCUUGUUAGAACAGGACCUAUUCUGAACACAGGUCUUGCCAGUUCACGUCAUAUCUGCUUUGCUCUCCAUUCCUUUUUGUACAUUCCAUAAACUCAUGAAUGUUUGAUGGGCUGAGAUGAAAUCCUGUUGUAUAAAUACAAAAACAAAGUCGCUACAACUGCAGGACCUAUCAUUUUCCAGUGCAGCAUGGGAGUUCUGAACUUUAUGCCUUUUUCCUACAAGGCCACAUUUAUUAUUAUUAUGACAGCUUGUCAUGUACACAGUGCUUUGCAACUUCAGGCGACUCUGUGGCCAAAUUCUAAUUUUGAUUAUAUGCCAUCAAUGUUUGUUUGAAGAAAACAUCACCAGCAGAUCUGGGUAACCUCUUUCUUCGCCAAUACGGUUUGCAAUUAAGUGAAACCCUGCAGCACUCUGGAGGUUAAUGAUAUGCAUCCUAUUAGCUAUUCACAGAACAAGAUAAAUAAGCACAAUGUAAUGUUUUGGCUGUGCACAGAAUGAAAAAAAAAGUCAAUUCUUUAAAACAUUGACCACAAGCACAAUAUGUAAGCUGCUCUUUAUUUUAUGUCCACCCUUUCCUACACUCUAGUUCUCUGUGGUCAUCACCAGUAUUUCAUCCCAGCCCACUAUAAAAGACAGUCCAAGACAUUGUUCAUUGCAGCAGCCUCAUCAUUAUGGUGCUCUAUGUAUUUUAGAACUGCAAAGCAAAAUGUCACUUAAUUUGUUUGCAUUUGUAUGGCAAGGCAAAAUAUUUUUAUUACCUUUUUCUAUUAUUGUAUGAGCUUUUGUUGUUUACUUGGAGGUUUUCGUCUUUUACUACAAGUUUGGAACUAUUUAUUAUUGCUUGGUAUUUGUGCUCUGUUUAAAAAACAAGAGCACUUUUUUUAUUAUGGAUAAAAUGUUGGGACGGCUAGAGGUCAUUUCAACAUGGCUUAGUGAAAUAUUUAUUGUUUUUUUCUUAUUUUCUCUGUACAAAAUUAUGGCCUCUUCAUUUUACCUUAUUGUCACAAUGUUGAGUUCAGCAUGUGUCUGCCAUUUCAUUUGUACGCUCGUUUAAAACAAGGCUUGUUCCAGUUUUCAAGUUAUUACAAAACAAAAAAAGAUAAUAAAUUGGACAUUUAACUUGA